AUGGAUUUCAGAUGUCUCCCGACCUUGAUUGAGCAAAGAUGGGCCUCACUUAAUGCUCAUUACUCCAAGACCCCAAGUUUCAGCACAGCAUUUCCGGCGCUGGAGCUGAAGGUUGAACCUGGCGAUGCCCAGGAGCAGGGACAGGCUCGACGCUUUGGGAAUCUUCACUCUCAUGCUUUAUCCGGGGUAGAACGCAGACAUGAGCAACAACCCCAAAGCACAAAACUGCUUGGAUUGUCAGUGCCAGUAUUCUGGACGGUGGUCAUUGGGUUGGUCAUCUUGCUCGCUGGAGCCAUUGGCGGAGGCAUAGGCGGCGGCCUGGCUGCAAGCCAACACGCUUCACAGGCAUCAUCAUCAUCAUCCUUCUCCAUCUCCGGGUCAAAUAUCUCACCGACAACAAUAGCAACAAGUCAAUCAGACUCAGCCUCUCCUCCACUUACGAUGACAUCACCGACGACCACCACUAGCACGCAGUCAACCGCCUUCGGUCCUUCUCCCGCUCCAAGCGACAACUGUCCCUCCGUUAACGGCACCAAUUACACCCCCCUCGAUGCCUCGGGAAAUACCAUGUCCGUAAAGAUCAACCCGGGCGGCCCCACAAAGGUCCAAUCCUUCGUUCGCAUCUGUAACAGAAACUAUCCGGCCGGUGCACCUUACGGCAACCCAGACACUUUGGACAUUAUGAAACUUUACCUGCCUACGCUGGAAGCGUGUAUCGAUGCUUGCGCAACGUACAACAUUGUCUACCAGGCAAACAGGCCGCAAAGACCGGGAGGGGCACAGGAUGAAGCAGACAUGGGCCUGUGUAGGAGUGUUGCUAUAGCAAAGGCUGAAGGCGGAUAUUGCUACCUCAAGAACGCAACGGGGAAGGACAACACCUUUGGGGAACCGGAGAAAUGCUCGGUUGGCGUUUUGCUCCUCUAG